AUGUCGGCGGAAACUUCAGGUUGUUCUGUUUUUCGCGCUAUAUACUUUUGACAGAGAUUCAGUGUACCACGCCUGAGCUGAAUGAACCCAACUGCAAGGAUGUCAUGGAAGGUCUCAAUGUUGACCACCCUUUGUGUUAGUAUUAUUUUACUUCUGCUAUCGACAUUUAUUUUAUCCAUAGUUUAUUUCUGCAGAUUUGUGACCUAGUUAAGCAUAAGAGCCACUUAUUGCAUGUAUAGUCUGCUAUUUAAUGAUUUGGCAUGGAGAAUUACUGUGUGGGUUCUGAUUGCAUCUUUAUGAACGAACGGAGGUUUACAAAUUGUGGAAAACAGUUUAACAUUAAGACGACUGAUGUCCCAAAAUAUGCGAGAAUAUUGUGAAAAAUAGCAGGUUGAGAUCUCAGGUCUUCGUGCACCAUACGUAAGCCCAUUGACAUGCGUAAGACUGAGCAUCAGUACCUUUCCCGGAUCUCCUUCCCUAAAGUCUCUUAAUAUUUAAAGAGAAGGAUUCAUUUCUCCACAGAUGUUUCUUUCUCGGUUGGUGUUGCUUAAGUAUGUUAGCAAGCGUUUUUUGACAGUGAUAUUCGUAUGGAUAGGUCCCAUAGUGUCGUAGUGUCUUAUUCUACUUUUCGCCACCGACAGAAACUGCCCUCAUUUAAAGAUAAUUUUAUAUCUCAAGCAGUACCUAUACCUUACCGUCGAUAUUUUUUUAUCUCGGCGGCCCUUCUCUUAGGUUUUGCUGAUGUUUCCUGCUAGGAAAGCGCUGAGGGAACUUGUGCCAGUACACGGGUUUCCACCGACAGAUCCAAUGUGGGAGUAAAGAUACGACAAGACUUCACCGCGCCGCUCAAUCUUAAAAUGAGUUGGUCAGUUAGGACUAAGUCAUGCUAAAGAAGUUCUGUCUAGUUAUCGUCCUACUGAAAAGUUUGAUCAUUUAACCUAAACGCAAAUCUGUUUCCACCGUCAACGGCCACAGAGCCCUCCGAGAGCGUAGUACUAAUAACUGAGUUACCUCAAUGUAUAAGUUUAAACUGCGUUGUGGACCGUCUAAACGUUCAUGCUUGCAUGUUCAUUCAUUUGGAGUUCAGACGUCCCUCAUCCGCUCUCGGUGGUUCAGAAACGCUAACACGUAUUCACUUCUAAUAUAACACAUCUCACAGCCGUGGUAGGUAUUUACACCUAACAACCAGUCAAAUCACGGAUUCGCUUUGGCGGCGUAAGUGCGGACAUUAGCGAGCUCGGUGCGUCAUCUCUUGCAUUAAGGGAGAGGGCAAUCUUCACAAACUAAAACACUUUUUAGUCGCGUGAUUUUUUGAUCAAUUUUAUUCGUUCAUGUAUUUUAGCACUGCGAGAGCACGCUUGCGACCUCUGUGGCAAAGCGUUUGCACACAAGGGACACCUGAAGCAGCAUGUCGAUGGUAUCCACAAAAGUACGUGUAUGCUCCUUUCUGACUGGUUGUUUCUCUUUAUCAGCCAACCACUUGCUUCGUUUGUUUCCAUCCACGUACGCAACGCGUAGUUAUGGUCUUUAUUUCCGACGACCACAAUUUAACAGUGACUUUCAGAAAUGUAUUUCCAGGCAGCCUCUGAAGAUGCUUUUAUUGUGCAAAUUUCAGUGGGAAACUCGAUGAUACAUUUCGUUGCCUCGUGUGUACAGGUUACAGUUUCUUUCAGUUAAAGUGGUGGUUUUGGAUUCAGCAACUGUGCGCCGAUUACCCAAAACGGAUUUACCUCAUUCUGCCACCGUUACGGUAUAUCAGUAGGGGGGCUACACUAUUUGAUGGCAUGCGCUAGUGGGAGUCGCCGCGAUCACCUGUGUCCUUAACUAUUGUUAUACAUGCGUUGACGUGCAUUAUAUGGAAGCUUUGCAUCACGCCAGCCAUUGCUCCGUGUCAUCGCAAGUAAGCCCACAGCCAGUUGCCUGUGUAAUUUGGUAUUCUAAUGUGACUAUAUUCAGGCUGCAAUGAUACAGAGAAUACGUUUUGAAAUUAAAUACUAGAUAGGGACUGACAGUCAAAUACGAGCUGUUUUCUCUUGUUAACUACUAAUCGCAAGCCGUAUACUUGUCUCGCCAUCCGAGCACGGUUUUGAGUCUAUUUAACCGUAGGCAAAUUCACCGAAUCCCUUUCCGGUCACUGGCGUUCAUCAUCGACCACAAUUUACAGCAGGUUCAGCCGAAUCCUUGAUGAAAACUAUUCACGAUAGUGUCAGGGCUUUAAGCAACGUCUAUGUGGCAAUCAAAUAUCGGCCUUGUCCGAGAAUAGCAUACUGGAGCAGCUUACUCUCAUGCCACGCUUCGCACCCUGAGAAGUGCUUGCAGCAUCUUAGUAAUCUGUGCCAAUGCGGAGAAUAGUUGUCCCUAGUGCUUACCGUUUUGCCAUAUAGCCCUGAUAUUGAUCAGACGAGGAAGCGAUCGCUGGGACAAGGGUUUUAUUCGCCUGACAUUUCGGAUUCUCACUUGAACCCAUCAUCAGAGACAGUGCCCUGAUAUUAUUCAGGAUUGUGAUUCUGUGUAUACUUUAGACACCUGGCCGAGAACAUAGCAGUACACCCCUAUGCAUGCCUCGCUACUAUGACUGUACGUUUCGCACCUCGAGGCAUUUUUCACUGCCUAUGACCUAGCUACACCAAUCUUUUGGACUGAAAAUACCCUAGCACCUGACAUGUUCUCAUGUUCUUUUUUAAAAUUUUUGAAAUUGUUAUUUCGAUAAGGUAGACCCAGUUAGCAGCUCAAUUUUGAAAUCAUAAAGUCACUGUGUAAGAAUAAAACUCCUGACUGUUUAGAUCGUUUUAAUUUGUGUUGCAGAAUUGCGGACGCACACGUGUGAUAUGUGCGGCAAGGCCUUCGCACGCAACGCAGACGUCAAGAGGCACAUCGACGGCGUCCACAAAAGUACGCGCCCUCACGCUUGCUCUCUCAUUUCUCGGUUUUGCAAUUUUUUUCGCUUACAAGUUCGCGUUUUAUUUUUUUAGGCUAA